CCUAAUAAUGAGAAGGACGGAUUAAGAAAUGUUUAACUGUUCCCGAAGGAUGAAUAGUUCACAUUGGGUUUACUUAUUCUUUCUAUCAUAAAGAUAUGGAAGGGAAACCAGCCAAUGCAAAUGUCGCAUAUGGGAAGAAAAAUAAUAUUUGGUAGAAAAGGCUUAGACACUGUUGACCCGAGUGACCUGAACGAUACAAUGGACAGCUAUGAUGGGCAACAACACAUAUUGUCAAACGACAAUGAUAGUAAAGUUGAAUUGGUGGAUACUGCAGCCCGUCAAAAAGAAAAUAUGGCGCAAUGGGCUUCACACAUGCAAUAUCAGUCUGUUGAUCUUAAAAAUGAGGAUGCUCUUCUUAAAUCAGACCAGGGGAAGUUGGUGCCAAGCCAAACACCUCCAGAAGCUGGGUUACGUGAUGAACUUUUGCGUGAGCGAGCGCGACUUCAAAAGCUGGUUAAAGAGCGUGACCAGUUAAAGGAGACCCGUAGACUUCAGAAAGAGAUCGAGGAGCUACGCCGACAACUUGAUGAUAUUGACUUGGCGGAUAUCGGGAAGCCAGCCGAAUCAAAGUUUAGUCCCAGAAGCCCCGAAAAUAUUCUGGAGUGUCCUGCUUCAGAGUCCCACAUUAGGAAGAUUGACAUUAACAUGCCUAACGAGAUGACGAAUUCAG